CGCCGCUCGCCAGCUCUGAGUAGGUCGCCACGGGCAGGCAGUCGCCACCUAGUCCCGGAGUAAAUAAGGGAGAGGCCCCCGAGCACCGUAAACAGAGUCCAAGUGGGCGGGGAGCCGCCCGGCGCCGCCCGCCCAUGUCUCUACAGAGUCGAGUGUCCGGCCGCCUGGCACAGCUGCGCGCGGCAGGGCAGCUGCUUGUGGCCUGGCGCCCCUGGUCCGGCUACUUAGCUGGUGCCACGCGGACCCGCAGCACCUCGUGCGGCCGCCCGGCGCCCCUGGGCGCGUACGGCCAGGGCACGCGGACCUCAGCGGGAGUUGGGGCUUGGGGGGCGGCGGCGGUGGGGCAGAGAGCCGGGGUGCGCACCUGGGCCCCCCUGGCCAUGGCCGCGAAGGUGGACCUGAGCACCUCCACCGACUGGAAGGAGGCAAAAUCAUUUCUGAAGGGCCUAAGUGACAAGCAGCGGGAGGAACAUUACUUCUGCAGGGACUUUGUCAGGCUGAAGAAGAUCCCCACAUGGAGGGAGACAGCAAAAGGGGUGGUUGUUAAGGUGGAGGAGCCCAAGUACAAGAAGGACAAGCAGCUCAAUGAGAAGGUCUCCCUGUUCCGUGGUGACAUAACCAAGCUGGAGGUAGACGUGAUUGUCAACGCCGCCAACAGCUCCCUGCUCGGAGGCGGCGGUGUGGACGGCUGUAUCCACCGGGCCGCCGGACCCCUGCUCACUGACGAGUGCCGGACCCUGCAGAGCUGCGAGACCGGCAAGGCCAAGAUCACGGGCGGCUAUCGGCUGCCAGCCAAGUACGUCAUUCAUACGGUGGGGCCCAUCGCCCAGGGAGAGCCCAGCGCCAGCCAGGCUGCUGAGCUCCGCAGCUGCUACCUGAGCAGCCUCGACCUGCUGCUGGAGCAUCGGCUCCGCUCGGCGGCGUUCCCCUGCAUCUCCACCGGUGUGUUCGGCUACCCCAACGAGGCGGCAGCAGAGCUCGUACUGGCCACGCUGCGCGAGUGGCUGGAGCAGCACAAGGACAAGGUGGACCGGCUGAUCAUCUGUGUGUUCCUCGAUAAGGAUGAGAACAUCUACCGACAACUGCUCCCCCACUACUUCCCUGUGGCCUGAGGCUCCCGCAGCCCACCCUGACCAGGACUGGGCGAGGGAAGCCAGAGAGGCUGCCAGGGAGGGCGAGAGGAAUCCCACAGCAACCUCUGAUCUCUGUGCUCUGCCCUCAGACCUGCCUGCGGGACCUCGCUCCCACCUCUGAGAGGGUGCCAAAGCCUGCAGCCUAGCCACCCUGUCCCUUCCCACAGCGCCCUGCUCCUUGGGAGCCUAAUAAAGACCAUUUUGCGCAGCUCCUAA